AUGCGGCCCUCGCGUCGUUGCACGGUGCAGCAAGGCGAACGCACAGGCGAUGAAACAAUGCAGGCGCCUCACCUGCGGGCACACGAGGCUUCACUUACGGCGCAGCUGAAGUUGCAGCUUUAUCGCAUCUACGCCAACGUGUCACGUCAGCGGGAAUGGUUCAGGCUACAUGAAUCCAACGUGAAGGCUCUCACUGAGGAAGCGGAGGCGCUGCGGGGAUGCUUCUUUCCUCGUGAGCGAAGCCUGUUAACGGCGGUAAACGGAGGCGCCAUCAUCACAACAGCAACGAUCUCUUCACCACUGUGCCCCUCUGAUACAGAAGGGAUGGGCGUGGAAGAGAUGGCUUCAAAGACAUUGGACGGUGUGCGCUUGUGCCUGAAUGAUCCCCCAUCUUCCGUGAAUUGUGGCUUCCCAUCAACGACAUGGAGGCCGUGUUUUCCCUCAUCGCAGCAGAAUCAUGAGAUGGGUGCUCUUCCGCUGUGUCCUGUUGGAGGUGGCGCGCACCAUCCUUCUGACGCCAUGCUCUUUUCCUUGGGAAUUGAUCCAACAAGCUGCGGUGGUGCCGCGGAUGUGCGGCAUAUUGUGCCGGAGUAUCUUCUGCAGCUUUCACCAGACUGGAUUCACGACCGCCUAAGAAAAAUAGGAGGGGGCUGCGUUUCAGCAGAGGAGGCUACGUCGGCCGUUGUUGCGCUUCUUCUUUUGCUACUUCAGGCGCUUCGAGGCGUUGUUGAUGCGGCUCAUUGGGUCCUGGACUCGGGCAAAGUCUCCGUUGGGGUUUCAGCUCCCGACGGGACUGUCACAUUUAAUACACUUCGUGUCGUUGCCAGACAUUUGUUUUACCUUCUCCACGAGACACUCUGCUGUUUGUCGUCGUGGGCAACGGAUGAUCCGCAAUCGGGGCUGACGGCGGCGGCGGCGGCGGCGCACAGAAUGAGCACAGAGGAGCGGGCGGAGGCCACAAAGAUUUUUUUUUAUCUGUGGGAUGACCGCGACGGGGGCCCGUUGCUGCUACAGCUUCUUUGCACAGACAGCAACGCCAUUCAGAUUCCGCCGCGACAUACAGAACUCGCCGGACUGACAUUGACUACGACGGGCCUCGUGCCGCGCUCGAUCGUGAGCCAGGCCUUUGACUUCUUAGCCAUUCGUUUAUUGGGAAUGCGUGCUGAGGAACAAUGA